CCACGCAGACAGUCACACCACGGGGACACACGGACAGACACAGACGGACACAGCGACAUGCCCCAGACACGUUAAGGGACUGGUUGGCCAAACUCAGACACGUGGACAGGGAUAGACAGAAAGAGACAGAAGCUGGGGCUAUGUCCAUGUGGACACAGACCACAGAUGUGGGCACACGAAUCCAUCCACCUGUCCACGUGCACACAUGAAUGUAGCGAUAGAUAUUUGGACAUCAAAUUUGGACACCAGGUCACGGAGAAACACAAACACCACCCAGGAACACGCAGACAUAUGCCCAUAGCAUCCCACAGGCCCAGGCAGGAGGUCCCACCCCAGACCCCGCCCCAGACGCUCCCUCACCCUCUUGGCCCCCUCGCCCUGGCCCCCAGGUUCUCUGCAGAGAUCUCUCCUGGACCCCCAGUGGUCUCCUUGGCGCCCACGAACACAGGCGUGCACACGCAGCGCACAUGCAUUGAGACACACGAUACCUCGUUCCACCUUGGCGUCACGGUGGGCUGGAGGCAGCCCCCCCCCCCACAACACUUGAGGCCAAAGGACACCCCUGUCCCUGGGGCUCAGCCUCCCUCUGGGCCGAGGCCUUGGCCCAUGCAGCUGAGGGAGAGGCCCAGCCCUGAGCCUCCCCCACCAGGACUGGGCCUCCCCGGCAGCAAGACCCCGGCACUCCCCGCCAGGCCCAGGGUGGGGUGGAUGGGCCCAAAGGCCCAGCCCCACACUCCUUUCCCGUCCACUUGUCACCUACCUAUCCCCUUUCGGUUUGUUGGGUUUUUCGUCUUUCCAGAUUGCAGUGGACACAGCCCCCGAUCUCGAGCCCCGGCCCCCGGCUUCUGUCUGGACAUUGCAUCGCCCUAGUUUUCUUUCUUUAAAAAAAAAAAAAAUUCCAACAGAAGCCACAGGCCGGAGCCCCUGGGAGCCCUCGCACCGCUCCCCACCCCACUCAGCGGCCCCAUCGGAACUGAGAAUUGCAAAACCCCGACUUUAGCUAUAGUUAAGUUGCCUUCCCCCGGUGUCCCCACGUUUGGUGUCUGGCUAUGGCGCCCCCAUCUGACUGUCCAGCUCUCUCUCCCCCACCCCUCCCGGUGUUGUUAUUAAACGUCUGUGGAGCUUCUGCUGCAAGGAACAAAAAAGAAAAAAAAUCAAAAAAGCGACAAAAAAACACAAACAGAAGAGGAAAAAAAAGCAACAAAAAAAGAAAACACACAGAAGAGAUUUAAAAAAAAAAAAAGGAAAAAAAAAAGACAUAAACUGGCACCAGUUAACUUUCUUGUACUUUUUUGCUGAAUUUAGCUUCUUGUAGUUUUAACUUAUUGCUAUGUUAACUAUUUAUUCUCCUCGUUGCCCUGUAAGGACAUCCGUGUAUAUUUCUGUUACUUCAUCCGGUUUGCAAGUUAAAGGAACGACAAUGUUCUCUUUGUUUCUUUAAGUUUUGCCGAGACAUGGUUAUGCCUAAUUUAUUUAUAAAAGGGGAAGUGGAAUCAUUAAAGUAAUAAUAAUUAUUAAUAACAGUAAUGGUAGCCGAGUGGCACGCGGGGGCGUGUGCUCUGCGGGGCAGUCCCCACGGCCAGCGACGUCCAGGUCAUCAAUGGGAUUCUUUUUGCUCUUGUCUUGAGAAUUUUUUCAGUCCUAUUUAGCUGGUGAAAUCCCUAGCUUGUUCUUGAUACACGAACCUAUUUAUUCUCGUGGUUUUAAGUCCUCCCUGCCCUCUCUCCUCUCCCCUGCAGCAGGGCAGGGACCCCUCUCCCCUGCUGUCUCUUGGGGCUCUCUCCCCUCCGCCCUCUGCAUUCGGGAACACGCACAUCCGCGUGGGAAGCUUGCAGCAGGGCGUCCGAGCAAUAAGGGCUGGGUUUGUCCCCCACCCUGGGGGGGGCCAGGCUCCAGAGAGGGGGCACCUCCCCACACCCCCCCACCAAGGCCUAGGACCCUGCCACCCCCAAGACUGGGAGGGGACUUCUUUUUCUAAAACACAAAACUCAGCCCAGACAGGCCCCCUCCCUGGAGGCCAGCCCCUCCCCGCAGGGGGCCAGGCCGGGGCUCCCAGGCAAGGGGGACUCGGGUCUUCCACGUCCCUGGGGGGCAGGGGCCAGGCCAGGGGGGAGGGGGCUCAGCCCCUCCACCCCUCCCUUCAUCCUGUUAUUUAUUCGGAAGGUUUCAAAUCACGACAGAGUCCAUGUUGGAGGUGAUAAAAAAAACUGUAAAAAAAAAAAAAAAAAAAAAAAGACAAAACAAAAGACAAAAAAAAAAAAAAGACAAAACAAAAGACAAAAAAAAAAAAAAACCCAAGAAGAAUACUUCGCGUUGCGUUUAGACUAUUUAUUACCGGGAUCACAGGCCUGGCCGCGGUAACAGACUUUUACAUGGAAUUGUUUAAUUAUUUGUACUUUUCAUGCCAGAAAAUAAAAGUUCAGAAUCUUAA